GGAAGGAAGGAAGGAAGGAAGGAAGGAAGGAAGGAAGGAAGGAAGAGAAAGAGGGAGGAGCGCCAAGUGAAAAAGAAAAGGAGGGAGGCAAGAGAAGGAAGGAAGGAAGAGGAAGAGACAAACGAAAGAAGGAAACGUGUUGUCUAAGGCUUCAUGGCCCGAAGGCUUUCAUGGCCCGAAUCACUGGCUUGCUGUGAGUUUUCCGUGCUGUAUGGCCACGUUCCAGAAGCAAUCCCUCCUGACGCUUCGCCUGCAUCUAUGGUCUGUAGCGAGGGGGGGGGAGAGUUAGGAGUCCACCCCCCCCCCCCGAAAUUUUUCAGGUUAUAAAAAAACCUGCCAAGCUAGCAGUUCCUGCCAACCUAGCAGUUUGAAAACAUUCAAAUGUGAGUAGAUCAAUAGGUACCGCUCUGGCGGGAAGGUAACGGCGCUCCAUGCAGUCAUGCCGGCUGCAUGACCUUGGAGAUGUCUAUGGACAACUCCCGUUCUUCGGCUUAGAAAUGGAGAUGAGCACCAACCCCCAGAGUCGGUCACCACUGGACUUAACGUCAGGGGAAACCUUUACCUUUAAAAAACCUGGUUUACUCAAGAAUUUUAACUGAAGCCCCCAGAUGGCAUAGUGGACUAAGUGUCUUGAAGGUUGGGUUGCUGACCUGAAAGCUGCCAGGUUCGAAUCCCACCUGGGGAGAGUGCGGUUGAGCUCCCUCUAUCAGCUCCAGCUCCAUGUGGGGACAUGAGAGAAGCCUCCCACAAGGAUGGUAAAAACAUCAAAAACAUCCGGGCGUCCCCUGGGCAACGUCCUUGCAGACGGCCAAUUCUCUCACUCCAGAAGCGACUCAAGUUGCUCCUGACACGAAAAAAAAAAUCUGGUUAACCAAAUCCCCAUGCUAAGUCUAUGAGACGCAAAACAUUAAGAGUCCCUCCAGGCACUAUCUCAAGCAGAUAUUGACAGGUUUGUAGUGGGGUGGGGGGUGGUAGGGGUUCAACCCCCACUCCGAAAUUCUCAAAACCCCUCCCGAAUUUUGUUUCUGGCUACGACCCUGAUGGCAGGCAUCUUCAGAGGUUGUGAGGUCUGUUGAAAACUAGGCAAGUGGGGGUUUAUAUAUCUAUGGAAACUCCAGGUUGGGAGAAAGACUCCUUGUCUGUUGGAGGCAAGUAUGAAUGUUGCAUGUGGCCACCUUGAUUAGCAUCGAAUGGCCUUGCAGCUUCAACGCCUGGCUGCUUUCUGCCUGGGGGAAUCCUUUGUUGGGAGGUGAUUGUUUCUAGUCUGGAUUUCCCCUGUUUUCAGAGUGUUGUUCUUUAUUUAUUUAUACACUCUAAAAUCUAAGAUUCUUAUAAACUCUAAAAUCAGGACCGUACAUAAAUAAAGCACAACACCACUACAGUCACCAAGAGGGAGGAGCAAGCCUUGGGGAUCCCGACUCCUUUUCCUCUUCCUGCAUUGUGGAAGCCUCUCUGCUUUGCCCAGGAAAAAGGAUGAUACUCAGGGGACCAGAAACACAUGGCAAACCAGAGGAGGAGGAAGUGACCCUGUGUGGGCCUGUAACAUCACUUACCUGGUGAAUCCUCUCCUCCUCCUGUAUGCCAUGUGUUCCUAAUCCCCUGGUACUUCCCAUUCUUUCCCCAGAUAAACAGGAAGAGGAGCUGGAUCUUCCCUAUAUGCUGCUGAGUCUUUGUUUCAGGGAGAUACUGGGUAGAAUAAAGACCUGGCACACACACACACCCCUCCUGGAAAUGCCCCUUCCUCCCCAAAGGUGCAGAAGUGGAGACCCAACUGAGUAUGACCUUCUGGAAGAGAAACUCUUUAAUACCACAAAGGCCACCACAGAGAAGAGCAAGCAGGCCUUCUUGCUGCCUCAGCACAGAGAUUUUUUAAAAACCUUGUCUCAAGCCCUCUACCUUCUUUUCUGAAAAAUAAAACGGACGUGUACUGUGGAGCACUUGGUAGCAUGGAUUUAUGGAUAUGUUUGUGCAGCUUCAACAUUGAAGAAACAUUGCAAACCCAAGGAACAGAUUCCAGGAAUAAGAUUUUCUUCUGGGCAAACCUGAAAGAAAAAAAAUAAGUGACUGUUUGGAUGACCAAAAAGCCACUUCUUACAGAAUGACUACAAAAUGCUUGAGGUUAUGGAAGACCCUCUCACCUGCUCUUAAUACAGGCAGAUAAUGGCUGCCCGGAAAGGGUUAAAAGUGUAUAGUGCCAAUGCUGAUGUCAGUUCCCGUGCUUCUUUGGAGGGCUGGCCCCGCUGUGAUAUUUGAGCCUGGCUCUCCCACUUGAGGGGAAAGACACAGACAGCAAGCACCGAGAGAGAAUGGGAAGGAGCUGAAUGGGAUCCCAGGAGAAGCAGAGCUCAGCCUGGGAGGGAGCCUUUGGUUGGGGUGCCCUGCCCCACCUCCAGGCCGCCUUUCUCUGGCUUCACAGACUGGAGGAGAGCAGGAGCGGGCAAGACGGUGUCCCUGAGCACAAGGCAAACUUGGUCUGAUCAAGAACAAUACAAGUGGCUGUGGAGCCCCUGGGAAGUGCACGCAAAGCCUUUAGGGCUCCGCGGAGCACAGGUUGGGAACCACUGCUUGGUGGUCUAAAUUUGAAAGCUGUGCUGGAAAGAAAAGGAGAAUAUGGAAACCAGAGAGCUUUUUAUAAUCUUCAGAAGAUGAUGAAAUCUAUCCCAUUUAGAAUUUCGGCUUUUCAUUUUUGAACUGGGCACUACUACCAGGAUGACAAUAAAAAACACUCUAUGUAUGUUGACCACAGUUUCCCAAUGAGGAAUUUCUGAACACUGUAAAGGAGUUCAAAAUGGCAGAGCUCACUGCUGAAAAUGGCAGCUGUACGGACUGGCAGAAACGAUGCUUUAUGUUAGAGACACAGCUUUUCAAAUUCCGGCUGCAGGCUAGUAAAAUCCGGGAGCUUCUGGCUGAGAAGAUGCAAGAACUGGAGCAAAGAGUGGCCGAGGCAGAAGACAGAGCCCAGAGUGCAGAGAAGCAGGUUGAAAUCAUGGAAGAGAAGUUGAAACUUGCCAACAUGAAAACCAAUGAAUCAAAUGAAUACAAGAAAUAUCAGCAGAUGAUGAGCAGAGUGCAAGAGAAGGAUGAAUUGAUUGAAAAACUGGAGGUCCAAUUGGAAAAGCAGAAACUGCUAAGGGAAGAAGAAGCUAAAACUGUUCAAGAAAAAGCAGCCAAAAUUAAGGAUUGGGUGACAGCUAAACUAAGAGAGCUGGAGGUGGAAAACCAUUAUCUUAAGGAUUGUAACACAAGGUUAACAGAUCAGAUCAAAGCUCUUCAAGCAGCUCUACAAGAUCUGGUUACUGUCCCGUCUGAAGAGUCUGUUUCCAGCUGUAAUAUCAAACUACUUAGAGACCCGCUGUCAUGCCUCCUUGAAAACUCAAACCAGGAUCCUAGACUUCUAGCUGUGGACAUCAAACAGACAUGUCAGGAUGUAUCUACACAAGGAAUUCCAUAUAUAGCAAGUGUGGUCUUUAUGGAUGAGUCCUCUGUAGCUGAUGCGGUGGAUAAAUCAGUGCUUUCUCAGAGCUCACUGAGGCUUAUCUCUGACUCCUCAAAUAACAAUAAUGCUUCUGUGAAUGAACUGAUCUCUAUGGCAGAGUCUCCGUUUUGCACAACUUCAUUAAAACACAAAGUCGAGGCUGUGAAAAUCCGUGGAGCAUUAACUUUUCCAUCUCCUCUGGAGGAAUGUAACAACUUGACUAGUGCCUCAGACAAGGCAGUACACAACCUGUACAAGACAUCAGAUGAAAUGAAUUCUGAGAUUAACACUUCUAGGUGGACCUCAUCCUGCUCUGGGGAAAUGAGAAACAUCUGCAGAAGUUCUGUCUCAGCAUCAGCCCCAGCUUUGAAGCUGCAGAAAUCCAUCAUGUCAAUACCCUCCCAUUUUCCAGGGAAGGAAGGUGGACUUGGCAGCAGCAUGACUCUCCCCAAGGUGCGGACCCCUAGCAAUCCAAGGGACAGCAUCCUGCUAGCCAAGAGGCAUUAUAGCCAGCCACAAUCAGGAUCAGAUUGCUUGCAUCAUGUGGUGAACAUUGAGAUCAGCACUUUUCAUCCUAAAAGAGCCACUGCUCAUUGCCAAGGAAAAGUUGAGGAGACAGAUAUCGAUGAAGAGGUAGCAGAGAAGAUGGAAACUGAUGACCGUGUGGUGGAAAUGCAUCCAUUGUCUUGUCCAAGAAGUGAGACCAACACUCCUGAAACCACUAUAGUUCUGGAUCCAGGAGGCAAGCCACCCACCCCUCCGUUGCACAGAUUUCCAUCCUGGGAGAGUCGGAUCUACGCAGUUGCUAAGUCUGGCAUGAGACUUUCAGAAGUGGCUCUUGCAAGUGACUCUUCUGGCCAUGCUUCAGAUUUCCCAACGUAUUCAUCACCUGGGCCAUACACUUGCCACAUUUACAAAAAUGUCACAGUGCCAGUCUACACUAUGCUAAAAGGGAAAGCCACCCAAAUCAGCAACAUUCCUUUCGUGGAUGAGUCCUCAGGCUCUGAUGAUGACUGCAGCUCCCAUGUUAGCAUCAGUACCUCCAAUGCAGGAUGCGAACUCAGAAGAACAAGCAUGCCAGGCAGCCCUCGUGCAGUGAAAAGGGCAGGUGUCUCUAUGUCUUCAAUUAGCUCAGAAAGUGAUUAUGCCAUUCCUCCCGAUGCUUACUCCUUGGAGGAAGACUAUUCUGAACCUGAGCACAAACUCCAGAGAACAUCAUCUUAUUCCACUGAUGGUGGGGAACUGCUAGAAAAAUCUGGUUACCUAUUGAAAAUGGGUGACCAGGUAAAAGCAUGGAAGAGACGAUGGUUUGUUUUGAGAAAUGGACAGAUCAUGUAUUAUAAGUCUCCGAGCGAUGUUAUCUGUAAGCCACAGGGGCGGAUUGAACUGAAUCCUUCUUGCCAAAUUGUAAGGUGUGAAGGAUCCCACAUUUUCCAGCUCAUCACUGAAAAAAGAACUUACUUCCUGACAGCUGACUCUCCUAAUAUUUUGGAGGAGUGGAUCCGUGUCCUUCAAAACAUCCUAAAAGUACAAGUGACCAGUCCCUCUCAGGUGUCUCUCCGAGAUGCCAAACCCUCUGUGAAAGGCUGGCUCACCAAGGUGAAACAUGGACGCUCAAAGCUGGUUUGGUGUGUGCUGAUUGGGAAAAUAUUUUAUUAUUAUCGUAAUCAGGAGGACAAGUGUCCACUGGGCCAUUUGCAUCUGCAUGAAUCAAAGGUGGAAGAAGUAGAUCGCUCCUGUGAUUCUGAUGAAGAUUAUGAAACUCACGGUGGGAACCUCCUUUCUUCACAUUGCACCCUGGUUAUUCACCCUCCAGAUCAGAGUCCAACCUAUCUGCUCAUUGGUACUAAACAAGAAAAGGAUACUUGGUUAUACCACCUAACAGUAGCAGCAGGCAGCAGCAAGAGCAGUGCAAAGGUGGGCACUGCCUAUGAGCAGCUGAUUGGGAAGCUACUGGAUGCAGAAGGAGACCCAAAUUCCCCUUUGUGGAAAAAUCCAGUGCUCUGUUACAGCAAGGAUGGGCUUCAGAUGCCCCUCACCACCCUGCCUUCAGAAGCAUUGCAGACGGAGGCCCUCAAACUCUUCAAGUCUUGCCAGCUGUUCAUCAAUGUCCCCGUAGAAGCUCCAUCAAUUGAUUAUCACGUUACAUUGGCACAAACAGCACUCCAGGUCUGCCUGACCCACAGUGAGCUCCAGAAUGAAAUCUACUGCCAGCUGAUGAAGCAGACCAGCAGAGAGGGUCAGAAUCACUCUGUUAUUCAGUGCUGGCAGCUUCUGGCUCUUUGCUCGCCUCUCUUUCUGCCUCAGCACCACUUCCUCUGGAAUCUCAAGCAUCAUCUGCAGCACCAUGCGGACCCAAAAAGUGAAAUAGGCAAGUAUGCCAUCUACUGUCAGAGGUCAAUGGAGCAUACUUUGAAAGCUGGAGAGCGAGAAGCCAGACCUUCCCGAAUGGAAAUUGUGUCCAUUUUGCUGAGAAACCCCUAUCACCACUCCCUCCCCUUCAGUAUUCCAGUCCACUUCAUGAAUGGAACCUACCAGGUGGUUGGCUUUGAUGGCUCUUCAACCGUAGAUGAGUUCCUGCAGCGGCUGAACCAGGAGACAGGGAUGAGGCGAUCAGCUCUCUCUGGAUUUUACCUCUUUACAGAUGAUCCUUCUGGUAGAGAUCUAGAACACUGCCUACAAAGCCCUGUGAAGAUCUGUGAUAUCAUUUCAAAAUGGGAGCAAGCCUUGAAAGAACUGAAUCCAGGAAAAUAUGAUGGUGGUACACGAAUAGUGAAACUAACCUAUAAAAAUAGAUUAUAUUUCCGAAGUCAAGCAAAAGCUGAGACAGACCGAGAGCGCUUAUUGCUGGCUUUCCAGAUCAAUGGUGAAAUAGUGAAUGGGAGAUUCCCGGUCAAUAAGGAGCUGGCUCUGGAAAUGGCAGCUUUGAUGGCUCAGGUGGAAUAUGGAGACUUAGAUCGACCGAUACCAUCAAACCCUGGGGGAUCACCCCAUUCCAAAAUGCAACAUUUUCUCCAGCAGGUUCUGGACAAAUUUUACCCCAAGCGCUACAGACACAGUACUUCUUCUGAACAGUUACGGCGGCUGGCUGACCGAUUAGCUACCAAAUGGAUGGUGCUGCAAGGGUGUUCUAUGCAAGAAUGUGUUCGGAUCUAUUUGACUGUGGCUCGGAAAUGGCCCCUCUUUGGAGCCAAAUUGUUUACUGCUAAGCCUGUCCUACCUUCUUCUUUGGAAGACGCUCCGCUAUGGAUCGCUGUGAAUGAAGAUGGGAUCAGUAUACUGGACUAUAACACUUUGCACUUAAAAUUGGCUUAUUCCUAUUCUUCUGUGCUGACUUUUGGAGGCUAUCAUGAUGACUUUAUGAUCGUAGUCAGUCAAGUGAAGGACAGGUGUUCUGGCAAAGCCAAUCCUGAAAAACUGCUUUUUACAAUGGCAUCUGUAAAGAUUGUUGAAGUGACUCUCCUUAUUGCCAGCUAUAUUAACUGCUGUUCUUCAACACCACACUUGUCUCCCGGUCCACCUGCUCAGAUCAUCAGUCCACCAUGGAGUACGUCAUCUGCUAAGAAGCUCAUGGGACAUGAAAGCAGGUCUUUCUUUCCUUCACUACCCCGGACCACUAAGGGACCUACCCUGCUUCAAAAGAAUGGAAAAGCCUCACACAAAGCACCUGGUGGAAUGAACCUGAAUCCCACGCUGAAAAAAAGGUCAGAUAUACAUUUAUAAUGAAUACAUAAAUUGAUUGCACAGGAAACAAUGACUCAGUGGCCAAAAUCAAUACUAUGCCUAAUCCAUUACUUUCUGUCCUCAGGAUCUCCAUGUUUAUACCACGUUUACAACACUAAUAUAUCAUUUCCAAAAUUUAUCACAGACUAAAGGGACUCCAAAGAGUAACUGUUCUUUGAAAAUCAGUUAAAUCAUUUUUAAAAAUCCAAAAUAUUGUAUAUUAAAAACAUUUAUCAUACAAAAUACAAAAGUAUAAUGCUUAAAAAUAUUUUCUAGCCAGUUCCCUCUCCCAAAUUUGGCAUCUAAAUUCUUUACCAAUGAUAGAUGCAAUUAAAAAAAAUUGCAAUCUGUAAUGUAUGCACAACUCAAAUAACACUAUUGUAAAUCUGUUCCUGAUUUCCUGUUUAAUUGUGCAGUACUUACUUUGCAAGUAGUUGUUACACUUCAGAAACUUAGUUUUUGUGACUGCUACCAACUAUGUUGGUUGAGACUCUAUGAGGUAUUCAUUGAAAAACAACAGCAAAAUGUGCUGCAGGAUGUCCCACAAAAACAAAGUUAUUUUGUAGUUUAAUAAACUUUUUCCCCAUAUUUUUAUGAUAGAACCAAUUUGGAAAUAACAUCUAUAACCCAGGAACAAAAAUUGUGUUACAUAGUGUAACUGAAUAUGUUUCUUAAUAUUUAUUAUAUUUAAUAAGCUUUUAUGAAUAGAACCACGUUUUGUAACAUAUAUGUGCACUUGUAUUUCUAGAUAUAUUCAUCUACUACCCUGAACACAUAAUGAUGAGGACAGUCUUACAAAGUCAUAUUCAGUUUUAUUGCAAUUCAGAUGGCAUUCACUCUGUCGCAUAAUCUUUCCCAAAAUAGUCCACAUACCAUCUGAAAGGUAUUGGCAUGCAACAGAAGCUUUUUGCUAAAAAUCUCAUGGAUUUAUUUAGUUCUCUGAAAAAUACCUUUCCAGCCUUUUCAAAGCUUCAGGCAACUAACAAAAAAGUUAAUUUUUACUGUUGCACCCAAAACUACAGCUACAGCACUGCAAAGAUAAAUGAUUAUAGAGAUGAAUUAAUUUUUGAGAUCCAAUUUAUUAGAUUCAGCUAAUUUUGUUGUCAGCAGUCCACUUGAUUAUGUACCUGAAGUAUUGCCUCAACAGGCAGGUAUUUAUAUGUAUGCUACAGUGGGAAGGAGAUAGGUGGGAAUCCAAAUAGAAAAGAUACAACAUUAUCUUAACAUCAGAUCUUAACAAUUUCAAUGGAAAUUGAAAAGUUUAUAUUACACAAGUGUACACGUGUAUGGUAUAAAAAGCCUUUUGCUAGUCCAUGUUACAAGAGUUCAUUGUGCAGCUCACUACCUCUCAAACUUUGGCCUUCCAAAGCUACUGGGAGUUUUAGAGAAAAAACAGGUUCACUCUGUACGUGUUAAUAGGCUCACUGAGAUGAUAAAUUGUAUUAUUUAGAGCUGACAUAACUGAGAAAAUCAGAGGCUUAAAUGCACCAAAGAGUGGCAAAGGUUAGUGCUCCACCUACCUAGGCAAAAUUAAUAGUCUAGAAAGUUCAGUGGUCAAUCUAUGCUUAACUGAGCAUGUUACUGCCCCAGCUAAGUUGACAUUAACUGCAAAUCAGUGAAUUUCAAACUGACAUGGACAACAAGUUCGGGUGACAAAAUCACGUAGCACUAAAGAGCUCUGCAAGAUAAGAAGCCACAGUGAACAGUGGACAAGCUAGCAUUGAUUUUCUAGGAUUUCUAAUAUUCUUAAGUGUACCUUGAGCACCCCAUAACCCACCCUGCUAGACACAGAUCGCCUUGAUAAGCUGGAUGUUUGCUGGACCCUUCCCUGCCCUGUUUGCGUCAGCACUUGCCUUGUACGUGGUGGGUUGGGACGAAAAGUUCCUGCUGAUAAGAACUGGACAAGGGAGGCUACAGGGGAGGAGAUAUGGACCAUGGUGUGAAACUGACUGAUUGUGCUUUAACCAAUUGAGCCUGACAGUGAUUGAGUAAUUCCCCAAAAGGGUGGCAUGGUACUGUGAAACUAUACAUAACAAAAUUUUCUUUCUGAGAGAGAAAAAUGCCUGGUUACUUUGCUGGCCUUGCCUGGAAAGCUGCACUUUUACUUUUCACCUUUAAGAGAUUGGGGUGACAAUACUAUGGCAAAAAAUACUGAAUUCAAAUAAUUUGGCUCCAAGGUAUACCUAGGCAAAGAUGGAUAUCACGGAAUGCAAACUUAUAGUCAAACAUUAGUGUCUCACCUGAAAGAGUGGUACCACCUCAGAAACAACAUGAGGUUCCACAGGGUCUUGGAGAAGAAUGCACAGGUAAUAGAUAACCUUUUGCUACAAAAACAAGUAUCAGAGAAGAAGAAGAGUUAUAAAAUCGUUGUUUCUUAUCACAACAUCCAAACUUUAAAAAUAAAGUAUGCCAAGUAUGCCAUAUCACAAUAGGUUAUGUAUCAGGAAAUCCCAUCUUCAUACCAGCAUUCAAAUGUCUCAAACUAAUGACACAAAAACAAACUAAGGCCUUUGAAAGAGCCUUCUAACCUCAUUCGAAUGGUAGAAGAAAUAUGUCACUUUUCUCAGGUGGUUAACGUUAAAACAGAUGGGCAAGUACAACUGCUAAGGGCCCACUGCAGGUCACAACAUCCCUAAGACACAUGAAGAAAGGCUAAACCAAUAAUCAGAAAUUGCCAGUUGCAAUUUGAGGGACCUUGGCAGGUUCAGAGGGUUGUUCUGUGCCGAACUACAGCUUUUGGAAGCUUCUGGGGCCAUUUUUAAAGGGAGGAAGAAGACAAAUACCUUAAAGCAGUGGUGUCAAACAUGUGGUCUUCCACAUGUUUGGACUUUAGCUCCCAGAAUUCCUGGCCAUUGGACAAGUUGACAAGGGUGUCUGGGAGUUGGAGGCCAGGAAGGAAAGAAAGAAAAAAGAGGAGGAAAGGUGUACGAGGGAAAGCAAAAGAAGUCAGAAAGAAAAGAAGAAAAGAUAAAAGAAGGUGUGUGAGGAAAAUGGAGGAAGGAAAGAAAGAGCACUGCAACUGAGACUCUGUGAAGUAGACCUUCUCAGAGCUGGAGAAGGGAGAAAGCUGGCAGGCAGCGACCUCUUCAACACAUUGGGCAAUGCCGGGUGUUUAUGCUAAUUAAUAAAUAGAUAAUGCUUACCAUAUAUAUGGCUUCGUUGAUGACCACAUCUUUUAUCUGGCUCAUUUCUAUAAACGCCGUACUCUCUUUACCAGAUGCAUAAGAUGAUGUCAUCUGUAUCCCAAGGGAACCAACGAUCAGCAGGGACUCCUGGUCAAUUUUCACAAAGUGCAAGUACACAAGCAAGCCGAUCAGUGUGACGAAUAUGGCAGCGGAGAGGACUACACUGUUCUGAAAGAGAAAACAAGCUGGCGACUUACAACCACAUUCAGUAAUUGGCCAAACAGAAGCCAGUUGUGUUUCUAUCCAUUUGACUCGUACACCAAGCAACACACUAUAUGACAAACCUUGGCUGGAAUUGAGCACAACCUCCAGGAUGCUGAAGAUGGGAAAAUGCCUAUAUUUAUAUACUGUAUACAUCUAUCUGUUGUCUGUCCUGUCUGUAUAACGGCAUUGAAUGUUUGCCGUAUAUGCGUUCUGUGAUUUUCCCUGAGUCCCCUUCAUGGUAAAAAGAGUGGAAUAUAAAUGCUGUAAAUAAACAAACAAACAAACUGCAAAAUGAAA